AUGUUCGUGAUUGCAGAAUCUUACUGUAUUUCCUCACUGAUAGGAGUGGUGCUUAACCCGUUCACGGCAGCUUUCCUCAUCGUCAUAUCCGUGUUUGCUGCGAAGUUUUCAACUCACAUCUGCUAUGCCUUUCAGCAGGCUCUGGAAUCUGAAUAUGAAAACGCUGAAACGAAUCGGUUAACCCGAACAUUCCAGAAAGUAUUCAUUCCGGAGGCUAUGAGCACAGUUGCGGGUUCGAUGAUGUUUCUUCCACUGCUGUUCACCAAUGUGGCCGUCUUCCGAUAUAUUGCUGUGCUCAACCUGUGCUGCCUGAUCGCUGGCGCCUUACAUUCGCUAUUCCUGGCUCCGCUGACGCUGGCAUGGUGUCCGAAAGUCCUCACCGGCCAUAAAUUCCUUUGCACAACCAGCAAAAAUUCGGACAACGUGGUGAUGAAAAGUCUAAAUUGA